AUGACCAUGUCCUUUAUGUCCUUUCUCGCCAUGGUGGUGUUCGUGAUGAUGCCCGUCAUCAUGGUGGUGAUGCUUCUUGUGCCCACCAUGCUCGUCAUGGUGACCCUUAUGACUUUCGUGGUGAUGGUGGCCCUUUUUACCGUGUUCAUCAUGGUGGUGGCCCUUGUAACCCUUGUGGCCCUUCUCGCCGUGGUCAUGGUGAUGAUGCUCAUGAUGUUCAUGACCACCUCCUUUAUCCCAUUUUCCACCAUGAUGGCUAGCCGCAACCUCCAAGUCUGCAUCCCUUUUAUCCCGAGGGAGUUCGCGGCAGCUGACACUAGCCAGCGCCGCUAA